UUUACGCAGUAGGCCCCGUUGUCGGAGCUCAGGUCCUGUCCUGCCGCCAACAGUUUGAGUCACUGUGCCGACUUGAGCAAAACUUGCACCCCAUUGUCGAAGACGCCCGCGUCCCGUCCCGUUGUCAACCGCUUCGUGCUCGGGACCCUGACCUGUACACCUGAACCAUCCUCGACAAUGGCCCAAAUACCGGACCCCACGGUCGACCUCGACUGGUCGGGCUACGUGGGCUCGAUCCAGGAGCAUUUCCGCGCUCAGGCCGAGGCCCACCCCGAGCGCACCUGCGUCGUCGAGACGCGGUCGUCCACGACCCCCGAGAGGAGGUUUACCUACCGCCAGAUCUACGAGGCUGCCAACACGCUGGCCUGGUAUCUGCACAAUGCCGGCGUCACCAAUGGCGACGUGGUCAUGAUCUGGGCCCACCGCUCCGUCGACCUGGUCGUUGCUUUGAUGGGCAUUCUGGCUUCUGGCGCCACCAUGACCGUUCUCGACCCCGCCUACCCGCCCGCGCGGCAGCAAAUCUACCUCGAAGUCUCCCAGCCCCGCGCCCUGCUGCGGAUCGGCCGAGCCACAGACGAGAACGGCCCCCUUGCGCCCCUGGUCCAGAAGUACAUCGAUGACGAGUUGCAACUGAAGACGGACGUCCCCGACCUCCGGCUGCGCGACGACGGUAUUCUCUACGGCGGCGAAGUGGGUGGCCAAGACAUCUUCGCCAGCGUGAGGCAGCUCGCUUCUUCGCCCCCAGAUGUCAUUGUUGGCCCCGACUCGAAUCCCACGCUCUCCUUCACCUCCGGAAGCGAGGGCCGACCGAAGGGCGUUCUGGGCCGGCACUUUAGCUUAGUGAAGUACUUCGGCUGGAUGGCUGAGCGCUUCAACCUCUCCUCCGAGAGCAGGUACACGCUGCUGUCUGGCAUUGCUCACGACCCCGUGCAGCGCGACAUUUUCACUCCACUCUUCCUCGGCGCCCAGCUCCUGGUCCCUUCCAGGGAAGAUAUCCAGCACGAGAAGCUUGCCGAAUGGAUGCGAGAGCACAAGCCCACCGUCACCCAUCUCACUCCCGCCAUGGGGCAGAUCCUGAUUGGUGGCGCCACAGCAGAAUUUCCCAGCCUGGAGCACGUCUUCUUCGUUGGAGAUGUUUUGACCACGAGAGAUUGCCGGGCCCUCCGGCGGCUCGCGGUCAAUGCCAACAUCAUCAAUAUGUACGGCACGACCGAGACUCAGAGAGCAGUCAGCUACUACGAGAUCCCGAGCCGAGCGCGGGAUCCCGACUUCCUCGACAGGCUUAAGGACACCGUGCCUGCCGGCAAGGGCAUGCAGAACGUCCAGCUGCUGGUCAUCAACCGGGAGAACCGGACCGAGCUGUGUAAGGUGGGCGAGGUGGGCGAGAUCUUCGUUCGCGCUGCCGGCCUUGCUGAGGGAUAUCUUGGGGACCAGGCACUGAACGAGCAGAAGUUCCUGAUGAACUGGUUCGUCGACAACCAGAAGUGGGUGGAAGCCGACCAGAAGAUCAACAAGGGCGAGCCGUGGCGACGAUACUACAAGGGACCCAGAGAUAGGUUGUACCGUACGGGCGACCUUGGAAGGUACCUGGAGUCCGGCGAUGUCGAGUGCGUCGGGCGGGCCGACGACCAGGUCAAGAUCCGCGGCUUCCGCAUUGAGUUGAACGACAUCGACAGCAACCUCAGCCAAAACCCGCUCAUCCGGGACUGCAAGACGCUCGUCCGCAGAGAUCGGAACGAAGAGCCGACCCUCGUCAGCUAUAUCGUUCCCGAAAGCAAGGAAUGGCAACGGUGGCUUGCCGACCGCGGGCUGGCCGACGUAGAAGAUGAGGGUGUCGAGAUGGGUCCCGUAACCGUUUUCCUCAAGAAGUACAGGAGGAUGCAGACCGAGGUGCGAGAUCACCUGAAGACGCGGCUGCCCACGUAUGCGGUGCCGACCAUCUACAUCGUCCUCAACAAGCUGCCGCUGAACCCGAACGGCAAGGUAGACAAGCCCAACCUUCCAUUCCCCGACGUGGCCGAGCGUGUCGAGGAUGCGUCAGAGGACGACAUCAAGAGCUGGGAGUCUCUGACGGAAACGGAGCGCACCGUGGCUCAGCUGUGGGCCGAUGUCAUUCGCGGUCUCAACCCCAAGACUAUCAGGAGGGAUAAUGGCUUCUUCGAUCUCGGAGGGCACAGUUUACUGGCCCAACAAUUCCUCUUGACAGUCCGCAAGAGUCUAGGCACCGACGUCCCUAUCACUACGCUCUAUGAGCACCCUAGUCUGGCUGGAUUUAGCGCCCAGGUCGACAAGCUGCGAAGCCACGACACUAGCGCUGUAGGACCCGAGGCUGGUGAGGCUGCUUACGCCAAAUCUCUCGACGAGCUGCUGAACCAGCUCCCGGAGAAGUACCAGUCCGCCGAUCCGGAGGCUCUUGCCUCAGCUGAGCAGCUCACCGUCUUUCUCACUGGUGCCACCGGUUUCCUCGGUUCGUACCUUGUGCAGGACAUCCUCAACCGGACUGCCCGGAGUGUCAAGCUUAUCUCCCACGUCCGUGGGGUGAAGGACGCGUUGGCGGCCUUGGCACGACUGAAACGAUCACUUCAGGGUUACGGGCUGUGGAAGGAUGAAUGGGCCGGAAGGCUGAGUGCUGUCGUCGGUGACCUGUCCAAGCCCCAGCUGGGUAUCGACGACGCCACCUGGCAGAGCCUUGCGCAGGAGGUCGAUGUGGUGAUCCACAACGGUGCCAUUGUCCAUUGGGUCAGGAGAUACCAAGACAUGAUGGCAGCCAACGUGCUCUCCACCGUCGACGCCAUGAGGCUCUGCAACGAAGGGAAGCCUAAGACGUUCUGCUUUGUGAGCUCGACCAGUGUCCUCGACACGGACUACUACAUUGAGCUUUCCGAGAAGCAAACAAGAACCGGCCAGGGCGCUAUUAUGGAGGAGGACGACUUGAACGGAAGUCGCACUGGUCUCGGCACCGGCUACGGCCAGACCAAGUGGGUAUCAGAGCAGCUUGUCAGGGAAGCCGGCAAGCGCGGCCUGCUCGGCUCCGUCGUCCGGCCAGGUUACGUCCUGGGCGACUCCGAAACGGGCGUCUCCAAUGUCGAUGACUUCCUGAUUCGCAUGCUCAAGGGCUGCAUCCAGCUCUCGGCGCGGCCGCACAUCAUCAACACGGUCAACGCGGUGCCGGUCAACCACGUGGCGCGCGUCGUGGUCGCGGCCGCGCUGAACCCGCUGCCGGCCGGCGGCGUGCAUGUCGUGCACGUCACGGCGCACCCGCGCCUGCGCAUGAGCGAGUUCCUCUCGAUCCUCGAGUACUACGGCUACACGGCGCCCGAGGUCAGCUACGACGCGUGGAAGGCGGAGCUCGAGCGCUUCGUCUCGGCCGGCGCGCUCGAGAAGGACCAGGAGCAGCAUGCGCUCAUGCCGCUGUACCACUUCUGCAUGAACGACCUGCCCGCCAACACGCGCGCGCCCGAGAUGGACGACCGCAACGCCGUCGCCGUGCUGAAGGCGGACGCGGACCGCUGGACCGGCGUGGACGACAGCACGGGCCAUGGCAUCGGCAGGGACGACGUCGGCCGGUAUCUGGCCUACCUGGUCGAGAUCAAGUUUGUGAGCAGGCCCACCGGGAGGGGCAGGCCGCUGCCGGCGUUGAAGCCGGAGGUGUUGGCUGCGCUGGCGGUCGGCGGGACGGGUGGGCGUGGUGGUGCUCAUUAGAAAGGUGUGCGUGGUCUGAAACGGAGGGGAGGGUUAAGAAGAUAAAAGCGUGGUUUUGUUAGAUGAAGUAGAUCUCUCGCAACGUUGAGUACUGGGUAGAGACAAUGUAUGGACAGAUAUAGCGAUGGAAAACUGUGUUCCUGCCUGCUCGGUUCUUUUCCUGUCUUGUUUGGCUAUGCAAAGUGGCCUGGCCAAGACAUGUUAUAGCUCCAGUCCUUCAAUGGCUUGAGCUUCGUGGGUUGUAGGCAUUCAAGGACCGCUUAGCCUGCUCCAAUGAUUCCCUAAUCGAGCGCAGGUGCUUACAAUCUCCGUCAAAGUAGUUUCUUGUUGGCACACUCAACUCAGAAGAAACCCUUUUCUG